UGUUACAACGAAGUCACGUGUGUCAUGGAUGCGGGAUGCCGAGGAAGGUACAGUGAGUUUCAUUGCGCUCGCUAGGGUGAGUUGGUAUACCGACAGAUCAUACACCCAUCCACUUGUCGGAAUUUCUCCAGGCGGUACUUAUAACCGAUUCUGAGUGAAUUUCAAAAUGGCAGUCAACAUACCAGGAUUGGUGGCGAUCGCUGUCUUCUACAUGGCGAUCCUUGCGUUUGGAAUUUUUAUUGGACGGCGUAAGAAUAAGACCGGCACUGCUGAUGAGUUGUUCUUGGCUAAUCGGAGCUUCGGGUUGGUUGUGGCCAGUUUGACAACUGCAGCGAGCAUGGUAGGAGGGGGAUAUGUGAAUGGCACGGCGGAGGUGAUAGGGAGGGACGGCAUGCUAUGGACAAUCGGACCAAUAGGUUACAACAUUGGCAUGGCGUUAGGAGGAAUCUUCAUUGCGCCAAAGGUUCGUGCUGCUCGUUUCACGACUAUAGUUGAUCCCUUCCAAAAGAAGUAUGGUCCUAAAAUGGGUGGACUUCUCUUUAUCUCAGAAUUCUUCGGGGACGUGUUCUGGGAAGCAGCUAUUUUUGGAGCAUUAGGCACCACGUUAUCGAUCGUGCUGGACAUCAACAUAACAGUUUCUGUCGUCAUUUCCGCGUGUGUAGCGGUCAUUUAUACUUUAUUCGGAGGCCUGUAUUCCGUGGCCUACACAGAUAUAGUGCAGCUCCUGCUGAUAGUGGUCGGCCUAGUUCUGGCUGUUCCGUUUGUCCUUGCCAGCCCCGCCGUUGACAUGUCCAAGGUUACGACUAGCUGGACGGGACACGUCAAGACCCAACACAUUGGAUUGUACAUUGAUACUAUCUUUCUGUGUGUCUGUGGGGGUGUACCUUGGCAGGCUUGGUACCAACGCAUACUGGCAUGUAAAUCCCCCGCACUUGCGCAAAUUUCCACAGUGGUAGGGGCUGGGAUAGCCCUUUUACUGGCAAUUCCUCCAGGAAUUCUUGGCGUCGCGGGAGCAGCAACAGACUGGAAUGCCACAACCUAUGAAGGCAGCCUUCCAUUGACCUUUGAUGAAUGGACAAACAUACUGCCGAUGACCUUGCAUUACCUAUGCCCUCAAGCUGUAUCCAUAAUUGGGAUUGGCGCUGUGUCUGCAGCUGUUAUGUCUUCCGCCGACUCAUGCGUUCUCGCUAGUGGAACAAUCUUCGCCAGCAACAUAUACAGGAAUAUUUUUAGACCUAACGCACCACAAAGAGAGAUUGUAUGGGUGCUGCGCUUGUCCAUCGUGUUGGUAGGAGCGCUAGGUGCCAUCAUAGCUCUGACAGUAGGGACUGUGUACGGACUCUUCAUUCUCUGUGGGGAUCUUAUGUUUGUCGUCCAGUUUCCACAGCUCAUCUGCGUUCUUUGGGUCAGUUUUGCAAACUCAUAUGGGAGCCUGGCUGGAUUCCUCAUCGCUAUGUUCCUACGAUUUACUGGAGGAGAACCCUACUUGUCCAUACCUCCCCUCAUUAGAUAUCCAUACUACGACGAAAAACACGGUCAAAUGUUUCCCUUCAAGACUAUGGCCAUGUGUAUCUCAUUUGCUAUUAUCAUAGGAGUGUCGUACCUGACUAACAGACUUUUUAGAAAUGGAACAAUCUCCGAGAAAUUUGAUAUACUCCAAUGCUUCACAGAAAAGGAAUAUACAAUGGAUGAAUCAAAAGAAAAUGGAGAUAACCUGCAAAGCUGUGUAGAACCCUCAGCUAAUGAUGAACUUCUAGAGAAGAAAACAACUACAUUCAUAUAGCUGUCGAGAUCAACCAUGGUCAAUGACUGAAUAUUUAACAUUUAUAUAUGGUAUAUAUGUGUUUAAUUUUCAGUACAUUUACAAAAAAGUGAAGAAACUAAGAAACGUUGACAGCUGGAAAUCGUGAACGCUUUCAAGUUUAUCUUCAUAUGUUUACAUAGUUACAAGAGGGAUGUCAUUACUAACAAAACACUAGAUUAUGUGUAAGCUUGACGUCAUCAAGCAUGCUAUCUUUGGUGACAUCAUAAUAAUAUAUAGGGGAUAAUAAUUAAGACAAUAAACAUUUUAAGACGACAUUUUCUUUUUUGAUGCUUUUACAGUAUACUUUAUAUUUUUCUCCCUUGUUUUUUUCCGCUUUGAUUCUUGAUUAGUUUGCAUUUAGCUCAUGUUCACUUUGAUGUGAUUUUUGAGAAUUCUUUGUUCAGCUGUUCUUAUUUACUAAUUUGUGCAUUAUUCUGGCAUUGUGGACAAAUCUAUCUAAGGUAAUUUCUAAUGCAUAGAAAAACGAUUUCGAA